GGUUUUCCACUUUCCUUUUCCAGCCAAAAGUGAUGUCAAUGCUUUAUAUGGCCUAACAUUAAAAAAGUCUACCUUUUGAUUGUUUAUGCAUUUGUAGAAUUCUCAGAAUCAUUGCGAGAAAUGGGUUCUUGUCUUCUCGAAAAAACAGCUUUGCUAUCUGACCCAGAAACUUGUGGGUGAAUUUCCUUGCAAUGGGUUUUUGAUUUAUUGCAAUGAGAAACCUUGAACCCUACAACAGUCAUUUGUUACAGGUGGGUGGGUCAAAUCUCAAGCUUUUAGAAUUUGUUACAGGUGGGUGGGUAAAAAAUUUCCUUGCCCAUUAUAUGGUGAUGUCGGUUUGGGUUGAUAUCAAUGGAAUAUGGGUGAGCUGUAAUGACGCUGCAUUUUUCUGCAGGUAAAGUUUUGUUAAUGUUAGGGAAAGUGCAGUUUGUUCUUGUAGAUUCUUCUGUUCAGUUUUGUUUUUGUUACUGGUAGUGCUAUUUUCAUUGUUAUGCAUAUCACCAUUAUUACAAUCAUUGUAAUUAUCAUUGAUCAUGAGCUCACUUUAUGCUACUUUAUUUAUGCGAGUUUUAUCUUUGGGUAUCAUUAGCCUUGCAUGACUGUUAAUGCACUCUGGAAGAUAUAUGUUCUUCAGUUUCAAUGCAUGCCAUCUUACUUCUUGAGUCUUGACAGAAUAUGGUUACAUGAGUGGCUUUAUGAAUGGUCGUUCUCUCUUUUUUCUCUUUUCUUUUUUCUUUUUUUUGGGGGUGGGAUAAUGCAGGACAUGAAACGGCAGUGUGAUGAAAAAAGGUACAUUUUUGUUAUACAUUCCUAUUUUUCUUUGGUUGCAGUAAGUCCUUUCUGAGUUCUUUUUGUGAUCUUCAUCCUUCAGAAAUGUAUAUGAACCGUUCAACUAUGUUUCCUUCUCUUUUAUUUUUUAUUUUUGGUUUGCACUUUCCCAUUUUGUAAUAAGAAAUGCAUUUCUUUUUUGCGUCUUAAAUCAUUUUGUAAUCCUGCACUUUGUAUCUUCUAAACAAAGGGUGGAUGCAAAUGGUUUCCUUAUCCAUACAACAAAGCAGGGAAAAUACCAACGAAAGUGCCUAACCCCUAUUAUUCUUCACUCGAUUCAGAGCAAAAAUGGCUGAAGCUAUCAAGUGCUUCUUUAUGACUUCCAUAUCAGAAUAAUAAGUUUUCCUAAUAUUACAAUCUUAAACUUGUCCUAAUGUAAAUAUCCUUUUGAAGGUACUUUGUAAAAAGUCCUGGCUGCAUCAAAUCAUCAUGCGAGUUGGAAUACCAUGAAAAGAUCUUGGAAGACACACUGCAAGUUGUCUGUAUGCACAAGGCUAACAACCUCUGCAAUAAUUGAAAGAGUUCCAAGCAAAUGGCCACAUCUUGUAUGGCAUCCUCCAUGGAAGAACUGUAGGGUAAGAAGCUUGUACUUUAUGAUAGGGUGGAUGGUAAAAGAAUUGUUUGGGUAUUUUCUAAGUGUGAUAGCCAUAGCUAGUUGAAUGAUAAGUUUUGUUGAUCUUUUCUUUUUCUUCUUCUUUUUUAAAUGUCUUGGAGCUAAUAUAAGUAACAUAGAAUUUUCUUUAUUCACUUUGAUGAUUGGCAUAUACUUGUUAGCUUAAAAUUAGUUAUCAAAUUUUUUGCAUCUACAUCUUUUGCAUCCACCCAGCUGAUUACUGUCCAGCUUCAUUGUCAAUUAGUUAAAGUAAUGUUAGGUUUAGGCAUGCAUUACA